UAUAAUUGAAAGAAAAUGGAGGGGUUGAAUCAGAAAUCACUGGAGAGAGUGGUUUCACAGAGGGCGUUUGCAUUGAGCAGUUCAUUUCCAUGCCAGAUAUGUGUGAUGGGUUUUCUCUGUGGUGUUUGCUUAACUUCUCUCUUUCUCUCUUUUUCCUUCUCUCCUUUUUCUCCCCCAUCAAUGGCUGCUGCUACAGAUAAUGGUGGUGGAGAUAGCAAAAGCAUACUUAAAGAAAGAGAAAGAAUGAUGUAUACAGAGAGAAGCAAUUUAACCGGUAGCAACGAUGACAGAGUUUCGUUACUAUAUGAUGCAUGGAGCGAUUUAUUAUUUAAUAAAUCAUCGACAAAAAACGGAGCUCAAUUCUCGUCUAUUAAUGUACCUAAUGCACCUCACUUGGAGAAUUGCAAGUCAACUGUUGAAAUAAGUCAACGCCUCGAUACACGGAUAUUUAAUCGGAGUUUUCCUCCAUGGACUACUUGGAAAGGAAACUUGGACGAACUUCCGUUAUCGGAAAACGACGAGCAGCUUCAGUAUUACCGAGAUCAAAUUAUAUCUCAAGGAGCUUAUCCUCCAUGGAUAACGGGAUCGGAUGAGGAAAACUACCCUCUAACGAGGAAAGUGCAACGGGAUCUGUGGCUUCAUCAGCAUCCAACGAACUGCAGCGAUCCAAGUGUCAAGUUUCUAUUGGCCGAUUGGGAAAGAUUGCCUGGAUUCGGCAUUGGUGCUCAAAUUGCAGGAAUGUGUGGUUUACUUGCAAUUGCAAUCAACGAGAAACGGGUGCUAGUCACCGGCUACUUCAAUAGAGCUGAUCACGACGCAUGUAAAGGGUCGUCACACGCUAGUUGGUCUUGCUACUUCUUUCCGGAAACUUCCGGAGAAUGCAGGGGAAGAGCUUUGGAACUUAUGCGUGACAAAGUAGCAAGAGAAAAAGGUAUUAUAACGGUGAAGGACAAUUACACUUCCCGAUCCAUAUGGACCGGACGAGUACCUAGGAGAUGGGGCAGUCCAUGGAGUAUUAUGCAGCCAACGACUGAGAUAAACGGGAGCUUGAUAUCUCGUCAUCGUAAAAUGGACCGUAGGUGGUGGCGAGCUCAGGCAGUUCGAUACCUAAUGAGGUAUCAGUCGGAGUACACAUGCAACUUAAUGAACAUUGCACGCCAUACUUCAUUUGGAUUGGAAGCUGCAAAAAUUGUUCUUGCAUCAUCAUUUUCCGAACAUCGUAUUGUUCAGGAAUUGGAUGAGAAGAGUAUGAUAGAAAGAUAUGUAUGGUCGAACGAGAAAGCAUGGAUUCCACGGCCUUUGUUAAGCAUGCACAUACGAAUGGGAGAUAAGGCUUGUGAAAUGAAGGUGGUCGGGUUUGAAGAAUAUAUGCAUCUUGCCGAAAAAGUUAGAAGCCGUUUCCCGCAUAUGAACACCGUCUGGCUUUCUACUGAAAUGCAGGAUGUCAUUGACAGAUCGAAAUCGUACUUGCAUUGGAAAUUUUAUUACACGAACGUGACACGGCAAAGGGGAAACAUGACAAUGGCAAAUUACGAAUCGAGUCUCGGAAGAGAAACGAGCACAAACUAUCCUAUCGUGAAUUUCUUGAUGGCGGCAGAAGCCGACUUCUUCAUCGGAGCAUUAGGUUCAACAUGGUGCUUUCUUAUAGAUGGCAUGAGAAAUACCGGUGGCAAAGUCAUGUCCGGUUACUUAAGUGUGAACAAGGAUCGAUUUUGGUAAAUAGAAGAUGCUUCUUAUAAGUUCAUCGAGAGUUAUUUACAAGGAAAUUACGGAUAUAUCUAAUGAUUUCAGACGAUGAUUAUCUGUGAAGGUUUUGUAAAUCGAGUUUUUUUUUUUUUUGGGGGGUGUAUAGUGUGAUAUACAACAUUUAUUGAUUAAUUCAGUUAUUAUUUGCUGUAGAAAUUUAGUUUUCCGCGGUUCGGCUUUGUUCAUUGUCGGGAGACCGAGUAUUAUCUAUGUAGCGCGGACAUAGAAACAACGAUACGGGAAAAUGGACAUAGGAAAUAACAUAUCCCAAAAAUGGGGAUAUGGAAACUUUGAGAAAACGUGUAAAUAUUAAAAGUAUAAGGGUAUAUUGUUAAAUAUGUUACAUAAACAUAAAUAAGUUUUUAUCUAUAGAGAAACGGAAAAUAUAACUUUUUUGUUAAAGUAGGAACGGUAUCAAGUAGUUUUGAAAUGGUAUUUAGCACCUCUUUAUAAGAAAAUAUGCCGGAGUCGUUAUAUCUUUACAUAGAAGUGCCGUUUUACACAAAGCUUAGACAACUGUUGCUAAUUAUAAAAAAACGAAA